AUGAUCGCGGUCCUCGACACGGAAUCCAUGCUGGGACGUGUCUGGUAUACUCCUGACCUGGAGGUCUCGGGACUGGCUAGACAAUCAUACACGCUGGAAUACCACGUCUACGGUCCAGUCAGUGGGCCCAAAUACCACUGUGUCCCUGUGUAUGAGUUUUUCAGCAUACCAGGCUUUAUGGCUAUCAUGGCGGCGCCCGUCCCCCGACCCCUCAAAUAUGUGAUCCGGGUCUGCUGGAGGAUCGCCAAAGUCCUACGGCCCCCGAACGCCACCUUGGACACAAUCUUGAUGCUGACGGCGAAGUUUGUCGGGCAUCACUUUCACCGAGCCAAACAUCUCCAAACCCUCUCCUCUGCUGGUCUUCGUGGAUUCCUCUACCAUGUCAGGGACACUCUACAGGCUCUGGCUAUGCGCGGCGACGCCAGGUACAUCUCCCUGGCCGUGCCAAAUGUGAGCACUGAGUUCUCACCAGCCCUGGUCUUGGAGUUGCAAAUGCUACUUGCGGCUGAGAACGCCGUGCACAUUCUGGGUUGGACGUGGGAAGGUGUGAAGUCGAGGAUCUACAACCCGUACCGCAGAGAGUUGGAAAACGAGUAUUGGAAGCGCGAAUCUGAGAAGUCUAGGAAGAGGAGAGGGUCCACGAUUCGGGAGUCCAGGCCUUUGAGACGGCAGCGUCUCAGUUGA